CGCAGCGCAGCGCAGCCCAACCUGAUCGGAUCUCUUGACUGUUGUUCGACAUCCUCAACCAUCCAUGUUCGUUCGAUAAGGGCGAAAGCCAAGCUCGAGAUUGAUGGACAACUUCUGACAUUACUUUGUGGCUCACUGUGCACAGCAUGUCGUUCGACGUUGCAAGCUUGAUUCCCCCCGGCGAUGGUGUCCUUCCCAAAUGGCUACUGCUAGUAGCGUCCAUGGCCUACAUCAACGGUGUGCAAACCUUCCUCAAUCCGAGCUUUGCUCGUCAAGUGUACAACGCUUCGGGCGCGCAAGGCACGGCUUUACAAGCUCGUUGUUUCGCCAUUUGGAAUCUGGGCAGCGCCACUGUUCGAACGUACGCAGCUUACCAUAUCCACAACCGAGAAGUCUAUCACCUCUGCGCCCUCACCUUCGUCAUUGCCAUCCUGCACUUCUCUAGCGAAGCCAUCGUGUACAAGACGACGAAGAUGAGCAAGUUGCCCGGAAUCGUCGUGCCGCUAAUCGUCGCUUCUUCUUCGUUGACAGCCAUGAUACUUCAGUACGGCCAUUAUGUCGCGUGAACGGCCUGUCCAGAGGCAGAAUGCAAUUGCACUUCAUGACCGACUUGUCAAAGCACCCCUGUCGCACUCAUCAUUGGGUGACGAUCACACCACGUGUUCGCAUCUGCAAUGAACCGAAUUCGUUCAUUGGCAUGAAAUAUCCAGCUGAG